ACCCGGAUAAUUGGUCGAUUGUUGUACUUGAUUUCGGCUCCCACUUGCGGGUUCGGAACUCAACCUCCUGUUGAAGGGAGCCUCUGGUGGGAGAGGCCAAAGAAGGGCGGGUGCAGAUCGCGUCGGAGGUGGUGUGCCUAAUUAUUUUUCGUUAUUUAUUGUUAGACGAUGGAAUUCGCGGUCGUAGAUGGCAAAAGCGUCUUUGGGGUCAAGGAUUUGCCGUUUUUAGCCGAGGGAAGGCAUUCUGUCGGUGUAAUGCGGAAAUCGCGGAAGCAGGGGUUUAAUAGGGUGGUCUUGACCUAACAUGUGCCAUGAGGUCGGUGGGAGAGGAGGCUUAGGUGUUGGAGGCCUCGUCCUUGAAUCCGUUGCUCCGUUGUUCCAUUUGUGGUGCGAGGAGUGUCGCCAGAGCGGAGCCUGUCACGAGCUCUGUGGUGGGGGCUUAAAUUUGGGGUUCCGGCACCUGGCGCGUCCGCCCGAGAGUUUGAAAGUUGGUGAGGAUACAUUGUGAGCUUCCGGUCCGAUGUUCGUUUUUGGUCCCAGAGCCGAGAGGGUCAAAAGCAAAUUGUUGAGGGUGCGAUGAUGUCGUGGUAGUGCGAGAUCCUUGGGAGGAGAGAGCUCGACCACAGGAGCCAGGGCGUGCGCAUCACCUGUAGAAGACGGGGCAGACCAUCGCAGCAUUCGACCGAAUCUCGCCUUUGAGCUUGGGUGACAGUUGCAGCAGGACGAAAUGCCGGUGGUUCUGGGCGAUUUGAGAGGGUUUGCAAGCACGCGAGAGUGAUGCUCUGGAGUCGAUCGAGGGACAGACAUGGCACCUGUGCUGCCAUACUCCAACAAAGACACAAAGUACGACAACGCUAAGUUUCGGAGGCGCACUCGUCUGAGGAGGUUUGUGCAAGCUAUACGUAACAGCAAUGUGAAGAAGCAAUGUGGAUCCUGCGGGAUUGGGCAGUUACUAUUGCUACUUUUGAUUACGGGUCUCAUGUACCUUGCAGUCACACAUUCCAAACACUCCGCUGCAAGUCACGGGAAGAAGGUCGGGAAAAGGUUCGAAGGCACUGAAACGUUGUCACAGCUAUGGAAUAGAAAGGGAGCACCAAAGGUCAGCAGCCCAGGGAAGGUGGCUCACGGCGGCGGUAUCAGUACUACUGAGGACACUGCACUGUGGAAGCAACGGCAAGCAGAGGUUGCGGGAGCUUUUGUGCAUGCCUGGAAGGGGUACACAAGCUACGCACAGGGCUAUGACGAAUUGCAGCCGGUCAGGAAAGCAGGGGUGGACGACUUGGGCGGGCUCGGUGUCACUGUGAUAGAUGCUCUGGACACUGCCAUGAUAAUGGGGUUGAAAGAUGUCGUUCGGGAUGCUGGGUCCUGGAUACAGAAAGAGCUGAUGGGGAGAAUUGCGGCCAGGGGACAGGUGAAUUUGUUCGAGACAACUAUUCGUGUUUUAGGCGGCCUUCUUAGCGCUUACCAUCUGAGAGGAGGAGGCGCGAGCAAAGGUUGGGGGGCAGCGGGGAAGGCUCACAUCGUGGGGCCGGAUCCGGAGGUGUACCUGGACUGUGCGAAGGAUCUAGGCGAUCGCUUGAUGUCUGCCUUCACCAACAGCAAGUCGGCCGUUCCUUACAGUGACGUUUUUCUGAAGGAAAGGACUGCACGCCGCGCGGGCGAUUUCAGCGGCGCUGCGAGCACAGCUGAAGCAACUUCUGUUCAGCUGGAGUUUUCUUAUCUUAGCCACGUGACGGGAGAUUCGAAGUAUGAGAAAGCAGCGAUGGCCGUGUACGAGCACAUCAAUAGGCUUCCAAAGACGGAGGGUUUGGUUCCUAUUUUCAUAAGUCCGGAUACAGGGAACUUUGAAGGACACAACAUAAGGCUGGGAUCUCGCGGGGACAGCUAUUACGAGUACCUGCUGAAGGUCUGGAUACAGCAUGGCGGCGCCGCUCACAAUGAAUCAAGCGUGGCUUAUCUGAGAGAGAUGUACGAGGAGGCGAUGGGAGGGGUGCGGCACAAGCUGGUCGCCAAGUCCGAACCGAAUGGUUUGGUUUUUGUGGGAGAGCUACCAAAUGGUGCCGGCUCUGCUUUGCACCCAAAGAUGGAUCAUCUGGUUUGCUUCUUAGCAGGGAACCUCGCACUGGGUGCAACUAGAGGUCGUACCUUGAAGGACGCAAUGUCGGAGGGUGUGUUGAGUGAGAGUGACCUGGCAGAUCUGAAGCUGGCGGAGGAAUUGGGAAAGACUUGCUAUGAGAUGUAUAACGUCACCGCCACAGGACUUGCUCCAGAGAUUGCUUACUUCAACAUAUAUGGAGAAAACCAUGAAGUAGAAGGAGGGAGGGACGACUCGUUUUACAAGCACGACAUUCGCAUCAAGCGUGCAGAUCGCCACAAUCUUCUACGCCCAGAGACUGUGGAGUCUCUGUUUCUGCUUUAUCGGAUUACCGAGAAUCCCAUGUACCGGGAGUGGGGGUGGAAGAUUUUCCAAGCGUUUGAGGCUCACACGAAGGUGAGCAGUGGGGGCUAUUCAUCUCUCGACGACGUGACGAGCGUUCCAGCUCCCAAGAGGGACAAGAUGGAGACGUUUUUCGUGGGAGAGACUCUGAAGUAUCUGUACCUGCUGUUCGGCGAUUCGAACGUGCUGCCGUUGACUGAAUUUGUGUUCAACACCGAGGCUCAUCCACUGCCUAUUCGAAGUAAGAAGGCUGCUAUGAUAGAGUCCGUUGCCAAGAGUGUUGGAGAUGUUUCUACAGACCAACAGGCGGAUGUUUCUACACACAAGCAUGGAGGCAAGAAGAGGCACUCAAAGAAGAAGGCUGCGGAGGAGGAGGCAGAUGGGGCCACGAUCAGGGAUAUUCUGAUGAAGUAGGCUUGUGUGUUUUUUGGUAGCAGUGGUAGAUUUGGUAAGUAGUUGGGGGACCCACCACCUCGAAGGCCGCGCCAAGGCUGCGGCUUUGCUCAUGGGUGCGGGGACGAAAGCACAGUACGGUGAUGGCGUUCGAGGUCGAGUGGAUCACGUUGAGGUCUGGCUGGGUCCUCGCAAUGAGGCGGAUCCUCCUUGGCGUAUUAGCCAUUCCAACAUCAUUUUGAUUCUAUUAACACUGGCUCCUGAUUUGGUGAUGAUCGAGA